UCCAAAAUCAAGGUUUUCAUGAGUUUUUAGUCCAUUCCGUCAUUGACCGUUUGUUUGGGGCCGUUAGUGCCUUCACGUGCCCUCCAUGUGAGGGCAUUUUGGUCAUUUUAGGUCCUAGCCUCCGUUGCCGCCACUUCAAUUAAUUAGAUUGCAGACUGUACUCACUCCUUCGUCUUCUACUCAUACCUCUUGAUUCAAACGCAAAAACCCUAACGAUCGUCUGAAAAUUGGAUUGUGUUCCUGCUUUUGAAAAUGUGGGGACUUAGAAAUGUUGGAGAGAUUGUCAACGUUCAAGAAGUUUAUGCUGGUUACCCCAACAUAUUCUCUAUUGAACUUCAUCACGGAGGGAGUUUCACAAAGUUUCCAAAUAUCAGGUAUAUUAAUGGCCAAGUAAGGUACUUUGAUGUUGUCGACAUUGAUGAAUUUUCUGUUCAUGAACUAGACUUGAUGAUGAGAGAAUUAGGGUAUGAUGGUACUGAAAUCAUGUAUUACCAUUUCCGUUUGCCUAAUGAAGGAUUUGACUUUGGACUCCGAGCAUUAGGUAACGAUGAUGAUGUGCGUAAUCUCUCACGGGUUAUAAUAGAAGACAUGGAGAAGCAGGAUUCCAUUAGACCCUCAUCACCUGUAGUUGCUCAUGAAGUGGUAACUCCAAUCCAAAUUGAUGUUGGUGAGGGUGAUUUAGGGUUAGCAUUAACCUUAUACAAAUCAGCAACACCUGAAUUUAGUAGGUCUAAAGGUUGGAAACAUAGUAAAGGGGCAUCGUCUUGUAGUACAAAGCUUAACUUGGAUUGGGAAGGUGCUGAAAAAAUAAUGGCAAGUGGUGAAGUUGAUAAGGGUAAGGGUGUAGAAGGAUUUGUAGAUGAAUUUGUUGUAGUUGAUGCAGAAAAAGAGUUAAACAAAGAGAUUGAUGUGAAUGAAGAACUUGAUGUGAACAAAUCCAAUGGUGAGGGUGUAGAAGGAUUUGCAGAUGAGGGGUAUAGAGUUGUCAUGGAUAAUGAUCCUCAAGGAGUCAAUGAAUUUUCAACUAACAUCAACAUAGAUGAUGAGUUAAUGACAAACUUUCAACCUUUUGAAGACCAAGAUAGCAUCCCAUUUAAUGGGUUUGAAGGCCAAGAUAACAUUCCUUUCAAUGAUGAGUGGAGACAAGAGGAGCCUGAUGACAUUGAUUUUGAGAAUCAAAACAGUGAAGAUGAAGAUAGUGACUUUAUGAUUGAUGAGGACAACAUAAUUGAAGAUGUUGACGUUGACAUGGAGGAUUUCAAUCUAAAUAUUGAUACAGAAGCAGAGUUCAAUGGAUGUCAAAGAAUGGGUGGUCAAAGAAAUGAAGAUAGUGAUGAAGAAGAUGAUUUGGAGGUAAUUGACAAUGACGAGUGGGAUUCAUUAAGUGAGGACUCAGGGGACAACAGGAAAAGAAAAGAAAUGAUCAAAGAGCUGGGGAAACAAACCUUAUGUUCUGCUGGUGAGGUGCACAAGGUAGCUUUUCAUAUUGGGCAGAAAUAUAAAGCCAAGAAAGAAUUGAAAGACAAAAUUGACCUGCAUGCUUUAGAGACAAGGAGGAAUAUCUCAUUCACAAAAAACGACAAGAGUAGAUUGACAGCUGUUUGUGAUGGAACUAUAGUUUUAAAUGCAAGUGGGGUAGGUGGACCUACCUCUGGGAAAAAGGUAAAGGGUAAAGAAGUAAACUCAGAUAAAGUUAAAUGCACAUGGAAACUUCAUGCAUCUAGGUCAAGUGAACAGGACUAUUGGUUUAUUAAGACCUAUAAUCAGAAACACAUCUGCCUCCAAACACGAAAAAUCAGAUCUUGCACAGCAACAUUUCUUUCCAAACGUAUUAUGGAUCAGAUUGAAGCUAAUCCUGGACUGCCUGUUCGUGCCCUACAAGAGCAACUCCAAUCAACUUAUGGAGUUAGUAUUUCAGAAGAGAAAGCAUUUAGGGCAAGAGCAUUAGCCACCAAAAAUGUUGCAGGGGAUUACGUAAAGCAAUAUGCAGCUUUGAGAGACUAUGUACUAGAGCUACAAAAGACAAAUGAAGGUACAACUGUAAAGAUUGAUGUGGUUUCAGAACCUGUGGUUUCAUCCCCAACCAGGCAAUUCAGAAGGAUAUACGUGUGUUUAGGUCCUUUGAAGAAAGGUUUUAAGGCAGGUUUGAGAGAAUUUUUAGGCUUAGAUGGAGCCUUCAUGAAGGGACCUUUCCCAGGUCAAAUACUAAGUGCAGUUGGUGUUGAUUCCAACAAUGGAACCUACCCAUUGGCAUAUGCUGUUGUUGAAAGUGAAAACACUUCAAGUUGGAAAUGGUUUCUUCAGUGUCUUGCAGAAGAUCUUGACUUGUAUUCAAAUUCCAACUUCACCUUUAUCAGUGAUAGACAGAAGGGUCUUCUACCAGCCAUAGAACAAUUGUUCCCUAAUGCAGAACACAGGUUCUGUAUUAGACACAUAUACCAGAACAUGAGGAUCAGAUUUAAGACUACAGAAUACAAGGAGUAUUUUUGGAGGUGUGCUACAGCCACCACCAUACCAGAGUUUGAAGCUGUAAUGGUAGAGCUAAGGAAUUAUGACAUAGAAGCAUAUCAGUGGCUCUUGAAAAUCCCUCCACAUCAUUGGGCUAGAAGUCAUUUUUCAGGAAGGGCAAUUUCAGACAUGUUAUUGAAUAACCUUUGUGAAGUGUUCAAUAGCAAACUUGUUAAAGGGAGAGACAAACCCAUUAUCAGUUGUUUGGAGUUCAUAAGAGAGUACCUUAUGAAGAGAGUAUGCAAUGUGAUGAAGGUGUUAAACAAGUGUCAAGGUCCAUUAACUCCAACUGGUACUAGGAUUUUGGAAUCAAACACAACACUAGCUAGUAAGUAUCAUGCACGAUGGAAUGGGGGACAAAAGUAUCAGGUUAAAGGUCCAUGGAAUGAUCAACAUGUGGUGGACAUGGAGAAAAGGGAGUGUAGUUGUAGAAAGUGGGAGCUUACUGGAAUUCCUUGCAAACAUGCAAUUGCAAGCCUAAAUGAAAUGGCAGACAAUAAUGAAAAGGUGGGAGAACUAUACACAUAUGUGCAUAAGGUGUAUUGGCUUGAUACAUGGAAAGAGAUGUACUCCUUCAAGGUGGAGCCUAUCAAAGGUAGAGCCAUGUGGCCUAAGAGUGACUGCCCAACAACUCUUGUGCCUCCACCACACAACAAAGCUAUAGGCAGGCCAAAAAAGAAAAGAAGGAUUACAGCAGAGGAAAGGAUUGAAAUCCAGCAACGUAAGAGGCAAGCAAACAGUCAAAGUCAAAAUGAUAAUGAAACUCAAUCACUGAGCAGGAAGUUUUUGACUGUGACAUGUAGUAAGUGUAAGCAAAAGGGUCACAAUGCCAGGACCUGCAAGGCCAAAGAUGGGAACUGA